ACUUGCUGACUUACUGGAGCUUCAAGGAGACGCCCAAGGCCUGGAGCCACUGCGCCCAGAGGCCUCCCCAGGCCCCCGGGCUCCGCGUGACCCGAGUCCACCCCGUAACGCCAGCCGUACCGCACCGCGGGCAGCUGUCCCUGGCUCAGGAGUCCUACAGGCCCCCGCUGCACCCGCUCCGCCGGCUUGACCGUUUCUGCCCGCUGGAGCUGCCCUGGGGCGGCCCCCACUGGCAGCCCGUGCCGGGCAUCUACAGCGUGCCGCAAGCCUACCGCUCCGAGAACGCCAGCUACGGCAGCUCGAAGCCCGCGCUGGUCUGAGGCCCCGCCAGCCCCGCCCAGACACGCCCCCGAGCGGGGCGGGACCGGGCUCCAGAACCCCGCCCACAGGGGGGUGGGUCGCCGUGGGGCACGCCCACUCAUUUGUGGGGGCGGGACCGGGCCGGGAAAAUGUACUUCGGGGCCGUGGGCCUGCCGGCGGGGACACGUCCCCUGCGGCAGAAGGGGCGGAGUUUAUUUUAGGCAAUGACAGAUAAACAGCCUACGCCACGCCGUUUGCUGGGUUCCACUCUGGCAUCCUGGCUUCCGGGGGCCUGCGUAUUGGCGAAAUGGGGCUCCCUGUGGAGGGGGACGCACCUGGGUGCACACGAACUCAUCCCUAGCACAGAAUCCGAUAUUGAAGCGGAGCCCUAAGAGGUUGGACUCUGGCUUCCAGUCUAUGAGAGGUGGAACAGGGUUAAGGCCUGCGCGCAUCGCCAUUCGAGGGUGAGGGCGAGCUCUAGCCUCUCCCUGGCUCCCCCCACGAUGGGCAAAGGCAAGGAUACACAGCCAGGGGGCACAGCCUAGGGCUUCUUAUACCCUAUUUCCUGUGCCCCCAACUCACCUUCUCUAGCACCUGAUAAGCCUGUGAGGUCAGCUGUCACCUUGGGUGUCUCCCACUUCUUGGUGCAAGAGCCACUCAGGGAAUGGGGGGAGGAGGUGCUCCGCUGAGCCACUCCUGCACCUCCCUGACCUUGUCUGCCUCUCGCCCCCGGGGGGAUUAGUGUCCAGGUUACCCCGCCAUCCCACCACCCCCAGUGGCCUUGCCGCCCCCACAGCCUGCAAAUAUAAGACCAGGUAAACACAGUAGGGAGGCACUGAGGAUGGAGACGCUCCAGGUAAGACUGUAGGGCCCCUGGGCACCUCACAACUCUAUCAGAGCCACAGGUGGCACACGGGAGUCCUGUGACCUGGUGAAGGCAGCCUCUUUCUAGAAGGGUGUGGUCAGCCUGCUGGAUCCCUGCCAGGAGGGGAGCGAUGGGGCAGGACCUGAGCGUGGGUAUCAGGUGUUGGGGUAUCUGGGGUCCCUGGGUAUCUGGAUGGGAGAUCAAAGUGGAGGGGCUGGCCCAGCAUGGAAGGGGAACAGAGUCCCUGAAUGUGUGUGUGCAUGGGGACGGGAAGCCAAGAACCAAGGGCAGGUCUGAGGCUGCCCCUGAGGCAGUGGCCUUGUCCCAGGGGCUGCUGCUGUGGCUGCUGCUGAGCACAGGUGGGGUGCGGGCAUCCCGGGGACCACUGAGGCCACUGUGCCGGCCCAUCAAUGUCACCCUGGCUGCUGAGAAUGAGGCCUGCCCGGUUUGCGUCACCUUCACCACCAGCAUCUGUGCCGGCUACUGCCCCAGCAUGGUACGGGUGCUGCCUGCUGCCCUGCCACCUGUACCCCAGCCGGUGUGCACCUACCAUGAGCUGAGCUUUGCCUCCAUCCGCCUCCCUGGCUGCCCGCCUGGUGUGGACCCAGUGGUCUCCUUCCCUGUGGCCCUCAGCUGUCGCUGUGGGCCCUGCCGCCUCAGCAGCUCUGACUGCGGAGGUCCCAGAGCCCAAUCCUUGACCUGUGACCACCCCUCCAUCCCAGACCUUCUCUACCUCUAAGGACUGCCUACCCCGACCAUCCACGCUCACCCCGAUUCCUGGAGCCAGCAGACGCUCCUCUCCUCCCCUCA